CAUUUUCGCCGAGUCCAGUAGUUGACAACUAUUUUCGAAUUUCGACAGCUGAUUCACUUGGCUGAAUUGAAUUAGUGAAGUUGGAGUUGUUAGCUAUAAACGGAUGGUUUGGGAAGUCGUGAAUUUUAUAUAAAUGAUUCGAUAAAACGGAUGAAUUAUGAGUAAUCAAUUUAAUAAAUUAGAUAAUGCAAAUCUUAUAUCAAUUGACGAUUACACUGGAAUCGAUGAAUUCAAUGACAGAGAGAGAUCUGAUCGAAAUCUAGAGUCAUCGGCCCAACAACAAACCAAUAUUUCUUAUACUGAACCAGUCGUUAAAAAUUAUUCGGAAGAUUCUGAUGAUCCCACUAAUAAAAAACACGCAGAAGAAAACAAAAAUUUUUGGACCUUAGAAUAUUAUCAACAAUUCUUCAAUGUUGAAACUCAUGACGUUUUUGAAAGAAUUAAAAAGUCUAUGUUACCAAGCAAUGAAGAUAAUUAUUUAUUAUCCCAGAUUAAACCGAACCCAGAUCUUUACGGGCCAUUUUGGAUUCCUGUCACUCUUAUAUUUGUGGUAGCGAUAAGUGGCAAUUUUGCUAAUUAUUUACAAACAGCCAAUAAUGGAAAGUAUCAUUGGAAAUAUGAUUUCCAUAUAGUAUCCUAUGCCGCAAUAUCUAUAUGUCUUUAUGUUUGGAUGUUACCUCUUAGUCUUUGGGGUGGAAUGAAGUGGACUAACGCUUCACCAAACAAUAGCUUAAAUACACAGUUAAUGGAGACUAAUCAAGACUUGAGGCUAUUAGAUCUACUAUGUCUUUAUGGUUAUUCUUUAUCAAUAUAUAUUCCAGUGGCUAUUUUGUGGACCAUUCAGAUUGGAUGGUUUCAAUGGUUACUAGUUGGUGUAGCAUCAUUAAUGUCCGGAGGAGUAUUACUUCGUUGCUUACUUCCAUUCAUAAACAGUAAGCAGAAACUAAUAUACACUGCAAUAAUUACUGGAAUGCAUUUAUUAUUAGCUGCGGGAUUUAUGCUGUAUUUUUUCCAUGUGCCUGACAGAGAUCUUACUUCGGAAUCGAAUCACGGAUCAACGACUAUCAAGACAAUUACUUUAGAAAAGAAUAACUAAAAAUACCUAAUUCCACAUGAAUGAUUUUUGUAGUUUAAAUUUAUGUAAUAAUUUUUUUUUUUUUUUUCAUAAGAAUAUGUAA